AAAGGUUUCAGUUUCAUUUUAACUGUGGCAGCGUCCGAGCACAAUGGAAAAACCAAAACAAAUUCUAAUAUGGGGUCUAUUGUGCGCCCUGCUCCACUCGCAAGGAGACGGCGGUGCAUUGGCUGUGCUUUGGCCAUGUGAAAGCGAUGCGGAUUGCACAGCUGCUGGCUCUAGCUGUGACCCGGAAACAAAUCUCUGCGCCUGCUCCAGCUUUGAUCAGGUCUUCUCGGAUGACUACUCGGAAUGCUUGACCACCUCGCUGAUUGGUGACGCAUGCCAAGACACCGUUCAAUGCAAUCUUAUGCCAACGGGAGCCAGUUGUAAAACCGGGGUCUGCGAUUGCGCCGAUGGCCAAACCUAUUUGCAAGGCAAAUGUAGGCCAGUGAAUGGACUCAACGAGCCCUGCGAAACGGAUUUGGAUUGCUUUUUUGGCUACGAUCGAGCAUCCGUGCGCUGUGAGGAGAGCGUUUGCGCCUGUGCAAAUGGCUAUUAUCACAGAUAUGGAAACAUAUGCCGUCGCAAAUCAAUGGAAAAAAACGAUGCUUGCGUCGUUAAUGCGGACUGUGAUGCACUGGGCGCCAGUGCCGCCUGCGUGAAUCUAAGCUGUACGAUUGUGGAUGAGUCGAGCACCACGGCCAGCACCACCGUCGGCACGGCAACCACGCCGGAGGAGAACGACACCGAGAGCACGACGGAGAAUAUCGAAACAACUGAUGCGAUAACGAAUCCAAGUGAAUCGAAUGAGGAGACAACCGAACCGGAAUCCAUUACCACAACCAUUAGAACCGAGGAGCAGACCGGUUGGGCGCGCGAAAAGAAACAGUUCACCAAAGCUUUUCCGCAUGCCACGCCCACUCACAAGGAUGCCGCCGCCCAGGCGACAUUGCCAUUGAUUAACGGCGACAACGAGCCGUUGCUGUUGACCCCUCGUCGCAGUCGUGAAAUCGCUGUGCAGACGAGCAUCGAGCAGUACGAGCUGAAGGAGCUGGGACGCAGUUUCAAGAAUGCGGCCACAGCAACUACAACAACAACAACAACCGCCUCAACYAACUCCAUCAAUAAUCGUCGUCGGUUGCCCGCCAUCUUUCGCUAUGAUAAUGAGGAUAUUAAAACGUAUUCAACGUUGGGAUCGAGUCGCGAUGACGACGAUAUUGAGGACAAAAAGUAUGGCAGUAGCUGCACUGACAAUGGCAAAUCCUGCACUGGCCUGCCCCACUCGAUCUGCACAAACAAGAUUUGCCUGUGCAGGCAGGGCUAUUAUGCUCGAAACGGCAAAUGCUUUGCAGAGCUCGGCGAGAUAGCGGAGAGCAGUGACGAAUGUGAAUAUGAGUUUGAUAAGUUGUCCAAGUCUUGUAUAUGCCAAAAGAACUAUUUUUAUGAACGUGACCUGCGCAAUUGUAGAAAACCCAUUCAGUAUCAUCUGUCUUGCACAUCGAACAGCCAAUGUAGUCCCUUUGGCGCCUCCUAUUGCCACCCGCAGAUUCCCAGACGUUGCACGUGCGAGGAGUACGCCCAAUAUAAUGAGAUCUCACAGCUCUGCGAAUAUAAGGACGGCUUGGGCGCUGAGUGUGAGUCGAACGAUGGCUGCCUGGUGGAUCAUUCCAUUUGCUCAAACCGCUUCUGUGUGUGCCGCGACAACUAUUAUGAGAAGGACGAAAUGUGUGUGGCAGGCAUUGGUGCCGAGUGCUCAGAGGAUGAAGAGUGCAUAGCUGAAAACACCGCAUGUCUUAGCAAUUCAGCCAAAGAUUCGGAGCAUCCGCGCUCCUGUCAAUGCCGCAAGGGCUAUGUGCACUUCAAGGACGAGUGUGUCAAGGAAGCCGACGAGCUAGGCGAGGAGUGUAUCGGGGAUGAGCAGUGCAAGCCGCUGCUAGCUACUUGCAAUGAAGCAGGCAAAUGCAGCUGCACCGAUGAGCAGCACGAAAAGAAUGGAAUAUGUGAAACGAAACGACAGCUAAGCGAGCCCUGCUCAAAGGCCACAGAGUGUUUUGUUGAAAAGGAUCCCGAGAAUGUGGAAUGUCGCAACUCCGUCUGUCAAUGUAAAUUUGGCUAUCAAGCGAACACUGAGCAGAAGCAGUGCAUACGCGUAAUGCCCAACAAAAAGAAUUCUUCCGGUAGGCCCAGCGCUCUAAAAAUCAUUACAUUCGCAUUGAUAGGCUCCGCUUUUUUAAUAACCAGCGCAGCCAUUAAGCAGGCGUACUAUUAGUUGGCAUCAUUGAUGUAGCCAUAGACAACCAAGAAAGCAAAUCAAGAGUUUUAAUUAGAUAAUAUAUAUAUGAAUAAUUUUAAUUGUAAAUGUUUAAGCGUUGUGAGCAACUCCCUGUGGAUAUGUUGAGGCCAUGUAACCAGGUCCCAGUUGACCCGGUUUAGUAUUGAUUGCAGUAUUAAUCAAUGAUGAUGCAUGGCAUGCAUAUAUAUACAUACAUAUAUACAUUAAGCUAGUAUUAAACAUUGUAAGCAAUACAAGAGAAAUGCAUAAAUGCAUAAAAGAUUAGAAAUUCGGUGAGAUAUUUGCUCGCUUCUAUCAAUUAACUACUCUUUAAGCAAACCUUUCAAAUUAAGUUCAAUCAAAUGAUGAGUAACUGAUGUAAACUUGUAAAAUAUGCGCUAAUAAAUUAAGACAAACA